AUGGCACCUCCACCAAAAGGAAAUAAAAAAACAACCACUUUGACUUCUUCGCGAGUUGUCAACAACAGCAAACAACAAACAAAUAAAAAAGAAAAGUCUAUUUCAGAAUUAUACGGUAAAAGUGAUAUAGAUGAAUUUAUUGAUAAAAAGAGUCAAAUUAAUAUAACAAAGAACAAACAAGGUGGUCAAAAUUCAAAUAUUACAAAGAAGAAGGAGAUCUUACCUGUUGAUGUAUCCGAUGAAGAAGUAGAGGAUUUCGAUGAUGAUGAUGACGAAGAUGUAGAUGGUUUAUAUGAAGAUGACGAUGAAGAGUUAUUGGAUGGUGGUGAUGACGAUGAUUUAUAUGAAGACGACGAAGAUGAAGAUGAUCUCGGUUUAAAGAAAGCAAAGAAUAAGAAGGAUUUGGCAUCGUUGGACAAUCGUGUUGCAUGGGGAAAGGAGCGUGAUGAUUUCUAUGGUAAUCGUGUCGACGAGGAUGAAGUCGGUUCCGAAGACGAAGAGGAGGAGGAACGUGAAGCACUCGCACUCCAAGAACAAAGAAAGAAACUGAUGAAAGAGGAAGACUAUCAAUUCGAAGAUACAUUCAACAACGUCAUCUCCAAGAAACUUUCUGUAGACACCAAGAGAUCGAUUGACCCAGAAGAAAAGAUCUUGGAUUCAAUGAACAAAGAUUUAUCAUCGAUCGACUAUGGUAAUAAUCAAGAUAUUGAAUUAUUACAAAAGAAUCUAUCAAAUUUCACAAAGAAAGAAAAGUUACAAUAUUUAAUGCAAGAGUCACCAAUCUUGUUGCAAUUACUCGAUGACUUUAAAUCAAAGAUUGAAGAGAUUAAAUAUACACUCAUUCCAAUACUAGAGAAAGUAAAGACCGAACAAUUACCAACAUCCAAAGGAAUAAGCUUUUUAGAGACAAAAUAUCAUUUACUAUUAAGUUAUUGUUUAAAUAUUACAUAUUUCUUGAUGUUGAAAGCAUCGGGAUCAUCUAUUAAAGAUCAUCCAGUGAUUGACCAACUGGUAAAGAUACGUACGAUCUUGGAGAAGAUCAAACCUCUGGACAACAAGUUGCAAUAUCAAGUCGAGAAGCUAUUGAAGGCUGCCACUCUCGGUGUCGUUCAACAAUCGAAAGACGAUCCAAUGCGUUUCAAACCGAAUCUCAGUGAGUUGGCUGCUGGCGGUGACGAUGACGACGACGACGCCGCUAUGAUGCGUGAAGCGAAUUUGUAUAUGGUACCACAGACCGCUUCGGAGCGUAGCGAGAAAGAAGCAUCGGCAGACAAGAAACGUCAACAACGUGAUCUCGCCAAGAAGAAGAAGGCUGCCAACUCGACCAUUGCCAAAUUCAUGGAAGAUGAAUACGGUGAUGCACCAGAGGAACUCAACGACGACUACGACAUGCUCGAGAAGGAAGACGAUGAAGACAAAGAGGUCAAGGAGUACGAAGAGAACAACUUUACACGUAUCACACAAACCAAGAAAGAUAAAAAGAAAGAAAAACAAAGAAAGUUAUCCGAUGGUCUUAGUGAUUUAUCUGAUUUCAAUGAUUUAAGUGGUAUUUUGGGUGAAGAAGAUGAUAAAGAGGAACGUGAGAAUAGAGAGUAUUUGAAGAAGAAGAGAAUGGAAGCUGCUUUACAAGCUGCCAGUAGUAGUAAGAGAUCUAGAUCGGCCGAUGAAGACAUUCCACUGCAAGAGAGAAAGAAGAAUAAGUUGGCUCGUAACAAACCGGUUGAGGAUGACGAUGAGGUGAUAGAGUCCGACGGUGAAGAGGAGUACGAUGGUAUUCCAAGAGCAGCAGGCGAUUACUUUACACAUGACGACGUCGCAGGUGACAAGAGAAAGAUUACCAAGCAAAUCGAAGUCAAUCGUGGUCUCACCCGUUAUCGUAGCAGAGAGCAACGUACUCCACAUCUUAAGAAUCGUAAGAAGUUCGACGAAGCCACAAAGAAGCGUAACAACUCAGUGUCCAAGGCAACCAGACAAUCUGGAAGUUUCAAAGGUGUUAGCUCUGGUGUACCAAGAUCCGUUAAGAGUACAACAUAUCUUCAUUAA